CACUACAUUUCCCGACGGGCCGUGCGGUGUGUUUGCGCAGGCGCAGUUGGUGACUUCUUGAUCAGGGCAGUAGUACGUAGUUGAGAUUAGAUAGUGGACUGUAAGCUCUGUGCCCCGGUAUAGUGACCUCAUCCUCCGCUGUCACCAUGAUGUCUGCCUGCAGGUAUACGAGGCAAGCACAUCAAUGCUUACAUCACUUGACACCAAUAAAGACGUGUGUGCCAGCAUUCUGCAUCAAGAGAUGGUCGUCCUCUACUGUGCCACGAAUCACCACACAUUAUUCCAUCCACCCCCGGGACAAGGACAACAGAUGGGAAGGUGUCAAUAUGGAGAGGUUCGCAGAGGAAGCUGAUGUGGUAGUGGUUGGCGGUGGCCCUGCAGGGCUCUCUGCAGCCAUACGGUUAAAGCAACUUGCGGCUGAGCAUGAUAAGGAACUGCGUGUUUGCUUAGUAGAAAAGGCAUCCCAGAUCGGGGCACACACCCUCUCUGGGGCCUGUGUGGAGCCAAGAGCCCUGGAGGAGCUGUUCCCUGACUGGAAGGAACGUGGGGCCCCACUGCACACGAAGGUGACUGGCGAUAAGUUUGGAAUCCUGACAGAAAAACAUAGAAUACCCGUGCCUAUACUCCCUGGACUUCCAAUGAAUAAUCAUGGCAACUAUAUCGUAAGGCUUGGGCACCUUGUCAGCUGGCUUGGUGAGCAGGCGGAGGCUUUGGGUGUUGAAAUCUACCCUGGAUAUGCGGCAGCAGAUGUACUUUUCCAUGAAGAUGGUAGUGUUAAAGGAAUAGCAACAAAUGAUGUUGGCAUUCACAAAGAUGGCUCCCCAAAGUCCACAUUUGAACGUGGCCUGGAGCUGCAUGCCAAGGUGACCAUCUUUGGAGAGGGCUGCCAUGGGCAUCUUGCCAAGCAGUUGUACAAGACAUUUAAUCUUCGCGAGAACUGUGAACCACAGACCUACGCCAUUGGGCUGAAGGAGCUAUGGCUCAUCGAUGAGAAGAAGUGGCAGCCGGGUCUUGUAGAGCACACUGUGGGUUGGCCUUUGGAUAGACACACUUAUGGUGGAUCAUUCCUUUAUCACCUCAAUGAGGGAGAACCACUUGUAGCUCUUGGAUUUGUGAUUGGUUUAGAUUAUCAGAACCCAUACAUAAACCCAUUCAGAGAGUUCCAGAGGUGGAAACAUCAUCCGUCUGUGUGUCCGACACUGGAAGGUGGAACUCGAAUUGCUUAUGGAGCACGAGCACUAAAUGAAGGGGGUUUUCAGUCCUUGCCAAAGCUGGCGUUCCCUGGAGGUGUAUUGGUUGGAUGCAGCCCUGGCUUGUUGAAUGUACCAAAGAUUAAAGGCACUCACACAGCAAUGAAAAGUGGGAUCCUUGCAGCGGAAUCAAUCUUUAAGCAGCUAACUGAUGAAAACCUCCAGUCAAGUACUCAAGGUCUCAGUGUUACAGAGUAUGAAGAAAACUUAAAAAAAUCGUGGGUGUGGAAAGAGCUUUAUAGCGUAAGGAAUAUCAGACCUUCCUGCCAUGGACCCCUGGGAUUGUAUGGUGGCAUGAUAUACACCGGUCUCUUCUACUGGAUACUUAGGGGAAUGGAGCCUUGGACAUUGAAGCAUAAAGGUUUGGAUAGUGACCAGCUAAAACCAGCCAAGGACUGCACACCCAUUGAGUACCCCAAACCUGAUGGCAAGAUCAGUUUUGAUCUCCUCUCAUCUGUGGCUCUAAGUGGUACGAACCAUGAACAUGACCAGCCAGCACAUCUAACAUUACGUGAUGACAGUAUACCAGUCAACAGGAACCUGGCUAUAUAUGAUGGCCCAGAGCAAAGAUUCUGCCCAGCAGGUGUUUAUGAAUAUGUUCCUCUAGAAUCAGGUGAAGGGUCCCGGUUGCAGAUCAAUGCUCAGAACUGUGUGCACUGUAAGACCUGUGAUAUUAAAGAUCCAAGUCAGAACAUUAACUGGGUUGUACCCGAAGGUGGUGGUGGACCUGCCUACAAUGGACUAUGAGUAACCCUGCAGAGCAGUGUUUCCUUAUUCAGGACUAAUACCAACCACUGACACCAGAAUGGCAAAUACUUUCAGGUUUUAAUGUAAUGUGAGACCAGGGCUGUGGAGUUCCACUAUUGCUGGUGGGAUUGCACUAACACUAAUAUAGAACAGCCAUCUGAUUGCUGCUUUGGAAAAUGGUUUAUUGUGCCAGUGAAUUGCCUUACUGUAUCUGGUGGAAUGAAAGACUGCUACGAGGCUAUGGACAUUGCCUUAUUUAUGCAUAUAAUGGAAAAGAAAAGCUUUGUAUGUUCCACAUUUUUAUGUGAAUAAGAAAAACAUUUUUACAAAGUUUAUUUUCUGUUUUUAAUGCAUGGAUCACUUUACAUGAAGUCGUCACAUUAACAAAACUACAUCCACCCUUUUUAUUUUUAAAG